UUGAAACAAAAACUACAGAGCAGUGCUAGUUAUCCGUGACCGUUUUCCACUCUAGAAGCCUCUUCAUGAUGAUCCAUGACCGUAUCCCUGUCACAGCUCGGUAGCUUCGUUCGCACGUCUUUACAGCGCGUCGUACAAAGCCAUGUCUUUAGGAGCCGUCUCUGAUUUCCCGUUUCACGCCGGCAAGCACGCUCCUGUAAGCCAAGCAAAUCUCAGUCUGCGAGCCGACUGUCGUCGACUCUCGCCCGCCGAAUCCGCCCGAGACAAUGAGUCCGUUUCUCUCCUCAGCCUCGUGCUCGCCGCUGUUCCUGCCGCGCUCGUCGCCCCCACCAGCGACUUCCGCAUCACGCAAUGCAGCGCCGCUCUCCUGCGCACUGUUGCCGGCGCUGCGGGUCCACCAGUAACGGCUGACCGGCAGGCGGUGCAAGAGCCUGCCGGCUGUCCAUCAGUGAGCGUCAGGUCGCCUCAGCAGGGGGAGGCGAGGGGGAGUCACGCGGAUGGGAGGACUGCGACAGCGAAGGUUCUAGGAAGGUCGCUGCUGCAGCUGAUUCAUCCCGAUGACGUCAGCAGAGUCAAGAAUACGCUUUCACACCAAGCAGCAGCAGCAGGGGGAGCAGGAACAACAGCAGGAGCAGGAGGAGCGGCUGGGGCAGGAGGAGCAAGAGGAGGAGGAGGAGUAGCAAGAGCAGCGGCAGCAUGUACAGCAGCACGGUGUGUGGAUGUGCGACUGCCGUAUGCACGCGAGAGGGCAGAACUGCCAACAGCAGAAGCACUAGCAGCAGCAGGUGCGAAAGUGGUAUCGGCAACACCAGCAGCAGCAGCAGGAGCAGCAGCAGCAGAGGUGUCAAGAGAAGCAGGGCGGGGUAGGGGAGGAGAGCCGUGUAUCUUAGGUGGCGGUGGUGGCAGUGGCAGCAGCAGCGAUUACAAAUGGUUUGAGAUGUGCGUUCUGCGUGUUGAUGGCAUUGUGGCUGGGUUGACCUCUACACAGGCGAUGGGAGUGCUGGGAGUGCUGGGAGUGGCCGAGAGGGAGAGAGAGGGGGAGGAGGACGAAAGAUGGACGGCAGAGGAGGAGAAGGGAAGGGGGGAAGCAGCAGCAAGAGGCGGUGGCAGGGACGGGAUGCAAGGAGUGGAGAGGGGAGGCUGUGAGAUGGGGGGAGCUGCUGGUGGGAUCGGAGAGGAGGAGAGGUGCUGCACGGGGGGUUGUGGUGGUCGCAUGGACGCUGGAAGGCGGAAUCAGCAGAGUGGAUGCAUGGACGGCUCCAUUCUGCACCAUGAUGAAUGUGCAUGUGCAUGUGCAUGUGCAUGUGCAUGUGCAUGUGAUGGCGGUUGGCUUCUGUGUCUUUUCCAUGACAUCUCCACCCGGACAGCCUUGGAGGCUCAGCUCCUGCAGCACGCAAUGGCGUGCAGCGAGCUGGCCACCAACCUGGCGCAGGUCAGGCCUGCCGACCCCGUCUCCUGGGGCGAUGCCGUCGAGCAGCACUAUGGCGCCCGCCCCCUGCCUGCAGACGACACCUUACCCUCCGCUUCUGCUGCCGCUGCUGCUGAUGCUGCCGCUGCCACUGCUCCUGCUGUGGCUGCUCCUGCUGCCGAUGCUGCUGCUGCUGCUGAUGCGGCUGAGGCCCACACAUCUGGCGUCGAGCAGCACUGCGGCACGUGCCCCCUGCCUGUUGAACGAACCCAUCCCCCUGCUCCUGCUGAUCAACACCACCCCCCUUCUGCUACCGCUUUUCCUGCUGCUGCUGUUGCUCACGCCCGCCCCCUGCCUGCCACGCAACCCCACCCCAAUACUGCUGCUGCCUCUCCCCACCCCUCUGCUGCUGCUGCUGCUGCUGCUGCUGCUGCUGCUGCUGCUGCUGCUGCUGCUGCUGCUGCUGCUGCUGCUGCUGCUGUCCGCACCCAAUCUUCCGCUGCUGCCCAAUUUCGUGUUGCGGUUGCUGCUGCUGCGCUCGAUGAUGCCUCCAUGGCACGCACGACUACCCCUCUCUCGCGCGCCCCACCUGCCGCCACUCACCCCGCCACUGCUGCCAAAGCCCCCAGCGCCCUCACAACUGCCUCUGCCGCAUCCAACACAGCCAGCGGCCGCAACGCCACUGGGGGUCUCUCAGCCCACCUCAUCUCCACCCAUCCCCCCCGCCGUGACAGCGACACCAACACCACCGGAGUUCCUCCCACCUCCGCCCACACCCCUCUUGCAGCCCCUCCCAUCUCUGCGCCGCCCCCCCCCCCUGAGAUCAGCCCUCAUGCCGGCGCCACGGCCCCCUCCCCCUCGCCCUCCCCCCAGCCGCACAGGCUGCACCUGCAGCCACGGCGCCGCAGGUGGAGGCGGAAUCGGCGCAUGCCACUGGGCCACGCCAAGUUCCACGCCAUCUACCAGCUCUCCAUGGAGCCCAUCCUGGUGUUUUCCAGCAAGAUGGCGCUCAUCGAGUGCAACGACGCGGCGGUGAGGCUCAUGCGGUUCAGCAGCAAGGCGGACGCCAUCGCCAACUUCCGCGUGGCCAAGAUGAGCCCCGAGUUCCAGCCCAACGGGCAGCGGUCCAGGGAGGCCAUUCUGUGCAUGCAUGGGAAGAUGAUGAGCGGCGAGCCCGUGGAGUUCGAGUGGUGCCAUCUGACGGCCGACGGGCACCCCAUCAUGCUGCAGGUGAAGGUGAAGCUCAUAGAGAUCGGUGGCCAGUCGUGCCUGCUGGUGGUGUGGCACGACCUCACCGACUCCAAGCGAAAGGAGGAAGAGCUCCGCAAAGCCAAGGAGGUGGCGGAGGCAGCGAGCGAGGCGAAGAACCGGUUCCUGGCGAACAUGAGCCACGAGCUGCGCACGCCCAUGAACGGCGUCAUCGGCGUGGCCGAGCUGCUGCUGCGCACGCCGCUCUCCCCCCAGCAGCGCUCGUACGUGGACGUGAUCUCGUCGUCCGGCACCGCGCUCAUCCACAUCAUCUCGGACGUGCUGGACAUCACCAAGAUCGAGGCGCAUGCGCUCGUGCUGGACCGCAACCCGUUUGACAUCCGCAGGACGCUUGCACAGUGCCUGGAUGUCGUGCGCACCGCGGCUGACGGCAAGGGGCUCAAGCUUCUCAGCAGGGUGGGGCAGGGCGUGCCUGCAUGCGUGCUGGGCGAUCAGUUCCGGGUGCGCCAGAUUCUGCUCAACCUGCUCUCCAACGCCAUCAAGUUCACCGACACUGGCGAAGUGGAGGUGCAUGUGUUUCUGGAGAGGAAACCACAAGUAGCAGCAGCAGCGGCAGCAGCAGCAGCAGCAGGAACAGAAGCAGCAGCAGAAGCAGAAGCAGCAGUGCGUGCAAAUGAGGCGCCUUGCAGUGAGGCGGCAGCUCCUGGGAACUUCGGAGAUGCAAGCUCCGUGGAGCUCCAGUCAAAGGAGGCGCACAGAGCAGAAGCACUUUUGGCAGAAGCCCAUUCAGUGGGCGCACCAUUGCAUGAGCCACAGCCAUCAGGCUUCGGACCUGGCCCACGUGCACCUUGCCCACCUUCACCUGGCCCACCUGCACCUGGCCCACCUGCACCUGGGCCUGGGACUGGGAAUGGCCCUCUGCCUGCUGCUGCUGUUGGUGGUGUUGCUGCUGCUGCUGAUGAUGAUGAUGAUGAUGAAGCCACAGGGACAGUGGGCGAGCAAGAAGGUGGCACGCACGUGGGAGCAGCAGCGCCCUGCAUGCUACCGCUGCUCUUGCAGCCCGUCAGACCAUCGCUUGCGGCGCCGCAAGCCCUACCAUCGCAGCCACUGCAGCCUGCACUCAUGGGUGCAUCCCUCUCCUUCCCACCGCCGCAGCCAAUUGGUUCCUCCCUCCCCUUCCACCCCCCACAGCGCAUCCGCUCCUCCCACUCCGCCACACACCUGACUGCCCUGGCCCAGAGCCCUCCAGCAAGUGCUCUGGCCCAUAGCCCUCCAGGCGAGCUGAUGUAUGAGGCGACCCAAGAGUCGGUGCAGCUGAGUGGGCUGCCCCAGGGCCCUCCAGCAAGUGCUGUGGGCGAGGGCGCUCCAGGUGAACUGAGGUUUGAGUCGACCCAAGAGUCCGUGCAGCUGAGUGGGCUGCCCCAGGGCCCUCAAGGUGAAGCGACGUUUGAGGCGACUCAAGAGGCUCUGCUGCCGCGUGGGCUGGGGAAAGUGUCACACACUGGCCCUCCAGCUGAAGUGCUUCUUGAGGUGACUCAACAGUCACCACUGCUGCGUGGACUGGGCAGAGGCCCUCCCGCCAAGCGCGCGCGUGUGAGUGCCUGCUUUGCGGAUGGGGAUGGCACGGGGGUUCCUGCUAUGAGUGCGGGCUCAGAGGGUAGGCGCGGGGGUCAUGAAGCCAAAACCAGAGGGCGCGAGGGCAAAGGGGGGGAGCAGGGAGGAGGAGGAGGCGGAAUGAGAGGGGUGAGUCACACGCGCCAGGCCUCUUGGGAUGCUCCCGGGGCUGUGCUGGCUCGGGCCGACGCUGCUGCCGAUGCUGCCGUGGUGGCUGUGGAAGCUGUGUUGACAGGCAUGGGUGGUGGUGGAGGGAUGGUUGGUGGUGGAGGGAUGGUUGGUGGUGGCGGGAUGGGUAGUGGUGGCGGGAUGGGGGAGGAGGGAGGGAUGGGGGAGGGGGAAGGGUGCGCUGCAGGGACGGGUAGAACAGGAGGGGGCAGAAGUACUUGUCCUGGGAAAGCUGCUGAAGCAGGAACAGUAGAAGCAGCAGCAGCAGCAGGAGAAGGAGAAGGAGGAGGUGGAGCCUGGGGAGGAGGAGCAGACGCAGGUGGCAGGGUGGGAACACAAGGGGCAGAGAGGAGAGAGGACGGGCAAGGAGGGAUGCGGCACAAUAAGGGCUGGCAAGUUCAGGAGGGGGAGACGAGAGACACACAGAGAGGAGCAGGCGCUUUAGCAGGCAGGAGGAAAAGCUCGUCAGUGGGAGACAGGGAAACACGAGGUCGAGGAGAAAGAGGAGGGCCGGCUCUGGCAGGGGGUGGUGCAGGAGGCAGCACAGCCGGCGCAGGGACGUGUGUUGAGGAGUGUGCUCCCAAUCAAGCAUCUGAACACAAGUCGCUCCACUCCCAGCAACCCACGGAGUCUGGUUCUGUAGCGCCUCAAAACAAGAAGGGAGUCUCCUUCCAACAACCCACAGACGCAGCAGAGGCAGCAGAGGCAGCAGAGGCACAUGAGGGUGCUGCAAAGCCGGUGUGGGUGCGCAUAGACGUGCGGGACACGGGAGUGGGCAUCCCCAGUGACCAGCAGUCGCAGCUGUUCACCCCCUUCCGGCAGGUGGAUGACUCGUCGUGCCGCAAACACGGCGGCACGGGCCUGGGUCUGUCCAUCUGCCGCUCGCUGGCGUCACUCAUGGGGGGCUGCAUCUCCCUCGCCUCCACGCCCCACCAAGGCUCCACCUUCUCCCUCUCCCUGCCCUUCACCCCCACCUCUGCCCGGCCGGCCUGCAGCGGGCAGGAGGGGGAUCUGAAGGUGGUGGGCACGGCGUCGCUGCCUGACAUGGUCACACUGCCUCUUAUGCCUGCUGAUGACCCUCUGGUGCAGCAGCAGCAGCAGAGGCGGGAGCAGCAGCAGGAGCAGCGGCAGAGGGAGGAGGAAGAGGAGGAGGAAGAGGAGGAGGAAGAGGAGGAGGAAGAGGAGGAGGAGGAUGAGCGAGGGCGGGAGAUGGAACAGCAGGAGGUAGAGAUUGCCAGCAGGGAGUGUGGCUGUAGCACAAGGGGGAAGGGGCGGGGGAAAGAGGAGGAGGAGGGGAGCAGAGGAGGUGACGUGGAUGAAGGCGAGGCUGGGAGGGCGCAGGGUGGGAGGGCGCAGGGUGGGAGGGCGCAGGGCAGCCGCAGGGGGGCCAGAGCCAGGCCAGGUGUUGCUGGUGCUAGUGCUGGCAGUGGUGGUGGUGCUGCUGCUGCUAGUACUAGUGCUAGUGCUAGUGCUAGUGCUGGUGGUGCUGGUGGUGAUGCUGGUGGUGUUGAUGGUGGGAGUGCAUUCUCGGGGCUGCGGUGCCUGGUGGUGGAGGACAACGCGGUGAACCGCAUGGUGGUGGUGCAGCUGCUGAGAAACCUGCGAGUGGCGUGCGACGUGGCAGAGAACGGCCGCAAGGCCGUGGAGGCCUGCGCCGCCACCAACUAUCACGUCAUCUUCAUGGAUUGCCAGAUGCCAGUGAUGGACGGCUUCGAGGCCACCACGCGCAUCCGCCAGCUGCAGUCCGCCGCCCACAUUGCCUAUGCGCCCAGUGGCCACGUUCCUUCCUCUGGUAGUGCAGAGGGAGGGGUGAGCGAAGCGCGGUCUUUGACAGAUGGUGUGCGCGCAGGGGGGGAUGCACGCGAGGAGCCUUGUGCUGAAAGGGGUCACACGGGGGAGGCUCUGCAGCAGCGGCAGCGGUCGGCUAUUUAUGCGCUCACAGCGAGUGUGCUGAAGCACGAGAGGGACAAGUGCGCGACUGCAGGCAUGGAUGGGUUCCUUGCCAAGCCAGUCAGGAUGAGAGACCUGCAGCAGGUGCUGCUGGAGGUGGUUGCUGGCCGGGCUGGGCAGGAGUAGCACGGUCCACCACACAUGUGAUCACGAUCACUGCGAGCACAAGAAAGCAUGAGAGGGACAAGCCAAGCCACGAGUGCAUGCGGGCGUGGAUGGGUUCCUUCCUUCCUCGCCACCACCCAACUACCUCCACGGGUACAGGGUUUUUCCCGAUCUUGCACCGCGGCUUCAAGGAUGAGGGACCUGCAGGAGGUGGUGCGGGGAAGCAAGCAGCUUGAGCACACCUGGUGCACGCUUUUCAGCGUUGCCUGCUGCACCUUGUUCCGGCAAUUUGUGCCAACGGCUUUAUAGUCUCUCCCUGUAUUUUUGCUGUACCCCUCAUGUGUGUUCUAGUACUAAUUUUGCUAACGUUCUGCAAUCCCACCUUGGCUUGCUUUACACACAUGGAUCUGUCAUAUUCCUGGAGAAGGGGAGUCUGGGAUUGAGACCGCAGCAUCUUGAGUAUCUGGUUGUGUCAAGUUCAAA